GUGUACAAGCUGUCACCUCUCUCUCUCUUCUCUCUCUCUCUCUCCUCGCUUGCUACGCCUUCUCCUUCUUCUCUUCCCAAUCCCAAAACCCAUAUCACUGAUCCUCCCACCUCCAAACCUCAAAAACUCAAAAACCAACAACGUUAUUCUUCCAUCACCCACAAAAACGAAUACCAUAAAAUCCCACAAAACAAGUCACCAUACAAACCAUGUCUUUCUUCCAUUACAUCACCAUUCACCUACUUCUCCUAACUUGUUUUCAUUCCGCACGUGCGAGCACGACCACCACCUCGAAUGCGAGCACCAUCUACGAGGUUCUGAGCGAGCACGGUCUCCCAAUGGGUCUGUUCCCAAAGGGAGUCAAAGAGUUCGAGUUAGGGAACGAUGGUCACUUCUGGGUACACUUGGAUCAAGCGUGCAACGCCAAGUUUGAGAACGAGUUGCAUUACGAGCGAAACGUUUCGGGCUUCCUCAGCUACGGCAUGAUCGAUGCUUUGAGUGGCUUAGAGGCUCAGGAUCUCUUCCUCUGGUUCCCCGUCAUGAGCAUCCGCGUCGACCUUCCUAGCUCUGGCUUGAUUUACUUCGAUGUUGGUGCCGCUUACAAAAGAUUCUCCUUGUCCCUCUUCGAAACGCCACCUGAAUGUGUUGCCGUUCGUUCUCACCCUCAAGAUCACCUUCCACCUGCUUCUAAGGGUCAAUCUGGAAAGCUUCAGUAUAAACUUGAUCAGGGAACCUCUGGAAGUGAUGUUCUAUAGACCGUGCAGAAAAGGGUGAAUGAACUUUUCCUGUAGCACAACCAUCAUAGAUGCUCCAAUCAGAUUGUAUGCCUUCGGAGAGUAUAAAUUAAUAGGUCCAUUGAUUUGGACCUGCUGUGUUGUUUGUGUUAUCUCCCUAUAUAGUGCAGAGUUAGUGUAGUAGAGGCAACCUGUGUCUUGGUAAUUUAUUGAUUCACAGGUACUUAUAUAAAGGGAAGCGUUUCUGAUUGAGAAGAUAGUGAUAAUGGAGCAUUUUGUUGAAAUGGAUUCAGGUGAAAAGUCCGCAAAGAUUUUGUUGUAUGUCAGAUGUUAUUGUAUUAUAAGAAUAUAUUGGGGUGUUUAGUUGAAUCAAAUUUAUGAUAUUUGUUUAAAAUAGAUAGAGACUUGAUAUGAAAAUUCGUUAUUAGAAUUUACAUGUUAUCGAUUUUGUGAAUACAUUUAUC